AUAGGCCUUUUCACCCAAAGGGCUGCCCCUGUCCAGAGGACACAAGUAGCCUAUUCUACCCUGGCCUGCCAGGAGAAGGGCAAGGGGCCAGGUCCUGGACAAUGAUGAUGAUGAUGAUGAUGAUGUGUGUGUGUGUGUGUGUGUGUGUAUGUGUGUGUGUAGCAGAGGAGAAUGGUGGGAAGAACUGGGAAGAUUGAUCUAAGGUGAGGCCCAAGGGAUUCCCUCUGAAUAGGGGGGUCUGGGGGCUGUGAUCUCAGCUUCUGGAUCCUUCACAGGAACCAGGUCUUGUGUGGAGUUGGCUCCGACCCCCUGAGCAAGGAACAGAAUAUUGAGGGUACAGCCAGAGGGGACAGUUGAGAAAGAUAUGCUGAGCCAUCCCCUGCCCUCAGUCUUCCUCCUUCCAGGCAGAUCAUGAGCCAUCGGCUCCUCUGAGGCCUGCUGUGGGACAACAGCGCUCUCACCGGGACGAGUACACCGGUCACCAUGGGGCAGUGUCGGUCAGCCAAUGCUGAGGAUGCCCAGGAAUUCAGUGACGUGGAGAGGGCCAUUGAGACCCUCAUCAAGAACUUCCACCAGUACUCUGUGGAGGGUGGCAAGGAGACGCUGACCCCCUCCGAGCUACGGGACCUGGUCAGCCAGCAGCUGCCCCACCUCAUGCCGAGCAAUUGCGGCCUCGAAGAGAAAAUCGCCAACUUGGGCAGCUGUAACGACUCUAAACUGGAGUUUGGGAGUUUCUGGGAGCUGAUUGGAGAAGCAGCCAGGAGCGUGAAGCUGGAGAGCCCUGUCCGGGGGAGUUGAAAAUCUUCUUCUGGAAUUCUUGGGGGGAUGUUGGGGAAAGGGGACCUUAGAGACCGUGGGCCUAGAAACGCCUCUCCACCACCACCACCACCACCACCACCACCACCACCACACUAUUCCCCAGUCUGCACCUGCCUCGCCUCUGCAAGGUUCAAGUCCUUAGUGAGCCUUCCCAGGGGUCUCUGUGUACUUCAUCCUUGGGAGCUCCGUGGAACUCCAUGAGUCCCCACCAGAGGGAGGCUCAGGGGAUGGGUUGGGCCCAGGGAUGGAUGUGGCGAGAUGCUGGAGGGAUAAGGAUGGGCUAAGGGCCAAGUAAUUUGGUUGCGGGGAAGGUCAAAGAGGAACUGGGCUACUGGAUAUGAUUUGAAGAAGAAGGUGGGGAAUGGGGCUGAUAUUUGGUACUAAAAAGAGUCUCUGAGAACCUAGCCUUCCUUAUCUCUUCCCCAACCCAAAUGAUAACUUCUGUCCAGUGCUACGCCUUCCUUCUUACAGCUCUGCCCCAGCCUCUUUCCAGGACUCUGUCCCUGGGCUAGGGCAGGGGAAGAGAGAGAGCAGGCUGGAGAGGGGAGGCUGAGGAGGGGGUGACUUUGGGAGAGGACCAGCUGGGUGCUUGGGUAUUUAAAGAAUGAUGGUUGUUUUGUA